AUGUUCUCUAUCGUGUCCUCUACCUUACUCUUUACUCACGUGUCUCCUUCCUCCUGUGGUUCACGUUCCACCACACAGUCCCUAACCCUCUUCCUUGUGCUCCAUCCACCGAUUCCCUAUCUUGUUGUGGGUUUUGCUUACGUUGUCCUUGACUCCACCAUCUACGUCUUUAGUGGUCCAAUCAACGACGUCCCCUCUUCAAUGUCUAACUUGUUGACUGUUUCUUCCACCGCAUAUGCAUCACCUGCGAGUUCGCUACUACCGGAAUCCUCGACUAUGUCGUCGACACGGAGGCACGCUCAAUGA